AAAAUGAAGAUCUUUAUUAGCUUUCUAAUUCUUACAAUGGCGAUUUUCCUUGAUUCCGUUGCAUUCAAUACAAGUCGACUAACUGGUGGUUCUAGAGAAAGUUCUGACAUAAAUAUUCAUCAACACCCACCUGCACCUCCACCUCACCCAGAUCUUCCUCCUCCUCGAGAAGGAGAAGAAUACUUGCGUAUUGUUCCAGAGUAUAUAAAUUAUCCAGAUGGCAGUCGAGAUAUAAUAUAUAGAUUUUACGACUCACAAGGGACAUUUAUUCAGUCACGAACAACUCAUCGGCCACCUAGGGCCCCUCGGCUAAAUAGGCUACCACGGCCACGAGCACCAACUGGGCUAACUAGAGGUAUGUCACCACAAAACCACCACUAG